CAACACUUGGAGAUAACUCACUGGUUUUUCCCCGCAUUCUCGGAUACAAACACUUCUCUCCGCUAAGCCGAUGUGUGUAUUUACUUUGGGUGUUAAUCGUUUACUUUGUAGACAAAUACUUUAAUCUGAUAAAUAUUGCAUGCUUAAGUGGAAUAUUACCACAUAAGUUAUCAUGGGGUCGAAAAUGUCAUCAAAUCAUCAUUUAGUUGAAGAACAGUGUGAGGAGCCAGACUGGAAAUUGCGAAGGAAGUCAUAUUCGAUGUCGUCUGCUAUGGAAGGAAGUAAAGGUUCGAACGAUCGCGAUGAAGAUUCGGUGGACGGACAUUCCACCAGUAUGAGUAGAAUCUCUGCUGGUCUCAGUCACGACUUUGGUGAGGAUUACGCCGGAAUGCAAGGAGAGGAGGAAGAACCCGCUUUCGACAUCAACGAGAACUUCGACUUCGAUUCGGACCGACUUACCGUCGACUCAGACAUGAUGACGAUGGACAGUAUAUGUGAUGGGUACGACGUGGUUGAGAUCGGGGACCAUCGCGAUGUCGGCAUCGGUAAACGUCAACGUCCGAGUAGGGCAGCCAUUCUGGCGAGUGACAGAUCAUCCGAGAAAAAUAGUUCACCUGAGAAAGUGAGAAUGCCUAACGGUGACAUUUCACACACUUUACAACAGCUUCAGAAACUUAACAUCAAGAGUAGUGUUCAGCCAGUCGUUUAUAAGAUGGACUAUCCGAGUCGAGGCAAGGCAGUUAUCGUCAACCAGACCCGUUUCGAUCCAAUAACUGGCAUGUCAAACCGGGAAGGAACCGACCCGGACUUGGAAGGACUUGACAGAGUGUUUCGUCAUCUUGGAUUCCGAACGGAGGCUCAUAGUGAUUUGACGGUAGCCGAAUUUAGAAAACUUCUUAUAGAACUCAGCAAUGACGACUUUAGCACUGAUGAUUGCCUACUUUUUAUCGCCAUGAGCCACGGGGAAGAUGGCGCCCUAUACUGUAAAGAUGGCACAGUAGCAGUUGACGAAUUGGCCUUCCGAUUCAAGGGUGUUAUGUGUCCAACACUCGUUGGGAAACCUAAGCUGUUCUUUAUACAGGCAUGCCGAGGAACGCAGAUGGAUCUUGGUGUUCGUACUCCUGCCGUAGAGGGCGACGAUGAACCUGAUGCUGCUAUUGCUCAGAAGAUGUUCUAUACAAUCCCGGUGGAGGCUGAUUUCCUCAUGGCAUAUUCAUCAACUCCAGGUUACUACUCGUGGCGAAGUCUCAAGGAAGGAUCCUGGUUCAUACAAGCUAUCAUCACAGUCUUUGAGAAAUACGGAACAUGUAUGGAUGUAAAUCAAAUGAUGACACGCGUGAACAGAACAGUUGCCUAUCGAUAUGAAUCGAUAUCCAGUGAUGAGAGAUAUAACGGGCGAAAGCAGAUGCCAUGUUUUGUGUCAACACUCACGAAAGAACUCUACUUCAUACCAAAGAAACAAUGA